CGCUAUAGAAAGUCCGCCAGCUUAGACGCCCCACACGUUGCCGCGCGUCCCAACUUGCCCAAGCGAUUCUCUGUCGCAGAGGAUGGCUUUCGUGAGCUAGAGCGGUCAUCCUCUUCGUCGGGUGAGAGCGCGUGGAUGCCGCCAAGGCGCCGUGGGCGUGACGCGGCCGGCUGCGCGUGCGCCGCGCCUGAAGAUGUAGAGGAGCACCGACCUUCUCGUAGCGUCUUUUACGUGCCGGCGCCGCUGCCACGCUGGCCGCAAGAGAUGACCACCCGCCAAAUAUACGAAACAGCCUUUGACUGUAAAAUCGCACGUUCAGACGAUGACUUGGACGAUUUUGAUCGCGUCAGCAACCACCCUGCACUUUUACAAGCUGAGGACAGGAAAGUUAUAUCUUCCGCAUCGUCUGCCUUUGAAGCUGUAGAACGUGGUGAACCAGAUUACAAAGGCCGCCGAAAAGUUACAAUGAAAACUGAUAGCGUCCGUCGAUCAAAGAUUCCUACUAUCCGCCAGAAAAGAGAAAACGAAAGCAAUGCGUCAGCGUUAUCUGAAGAGCUUGAAAAAAUACACAUCGAUGAGGAGGAUCGCAAUGCUUCCACUUCUCAAUUACCACUACGUGGUUACACGCCCUCACCUCCGUCGACAGCUCCCCUGCCAACAAAAUUUCAGCAGAAAGACGGCUCCGCCAUGAAUAGCAUCAAAAGUGCCCCAAACUUGCCGCAGACGCAACCAGCUCAUCCGCGGCUGAAGGACUUACGGUUACCUGUAAAAUCAUUGCGAGCACGUGAAAUGCCAACGAGUAGCGACGCUAGCAUGGUUGAUUUAAAGGGCUCUGCGUCCACUGAACUCGACGCUGCGCACCGCUUAAGCGCUGGUCGUGAAUCUCGUGACGCCGAUGAUGAGAGGGGGCAAUCGAAGGACGGUAUUUUUUUAGAGAUUAAGGGCCGACCCACUUCCGAUUCUGACACACCAGAAAUGAAUCGACACACAGGGCCAAAGGGGGUCGGUCCUAUAAUGGAAUUCAAAGGUAGGCCCGGGGCUCCACGUCCGAGGCGCAAAUACUCCAGCACCGAAAGUAUGGCAACCAGCAGUAGCGGUGGAAGUAUGGAAUCCCUUCGGAGUAGCACUAGUGAGGACAGGAGCAGUAGUAGUUCAGAAAGCCGACGGUCGUCUUCUCUUAGUUCACAUAGUUCAGAUUCCGGCAAUGUCCCUUUCACGAAAUCACAUCAUAUGCAGCUGUCGGGGUUUGGCCAUCACAAUAACAAACUUCAUAUUCUUAGUCCUAUAUCAGACAAGUCAUCGCAAGAACCAGCAUCUGAAACGUCUGAUAAUAACAGAAAUAACAACUCACAAAAAGUAUCUCCUGAGGACGUCGAAACUGGAAAUACGAUACAGACGACUGUUGAAAUUGUAGCAAAGCCUAAAAGGCGUGCAUUACAAAACCGGAAUUUAUUAAAUCUUACAUUCCGUCAUUCAACAACAGCGGGUGACGCCGAAAUUCAAGGAUCUGAUAGUGGUAUAUCAAUUCACUCCCGAGAGGGUGUCGACUCAAGAAAUACAUUUAUCAACUUUAAGAACAGCAAUGCUGAGGAAGAGCGUAAAGAUCCGGACCAAGAUCUUUCAGAUCUUCCAUUCGAUAUGCCGAAGUUAAGAAGACGACGAGCAGAAGCCGAAGCAGAUCUGAGAUCCCUGCCGUUUGAUAUGCCCAAGUUACGUCGUAAAUUGCGAGGACAAUCGCUGCAGCUAAAUAAUGACUUUGGAAGUGUCAUUUCAAAUGCAUCUUCCAGCCAAAGCGUCCAGGACUUAAAUCUAGGUAACAAGCACAAAGAGAAAUUGUCGUUGAACUUUGAUAGUGGAAGUGGUUCCGGCAGCUCCAAGGGGUUGCACCUUAACCUGGGACCCAUAGUUCCACCGAGAGAUCUUGUCGACGCAUCGCUACCGCUUGAUAGACAAGGGUGGUAUCACGGGACGCUGACGCGCGUCGAAGCAGAAAGUUUACUAAGGGAUGCAGAUGAGGGCGCUUUUCUAGUACGAAACAGCGAAUCUGCGAAACACGACUAUUCAUUAAGCUUAAAGUCAACCCGUGGCUUCAUGCACAUGCGAAUCUGUCGCAACACCGAAGGGUACACCUUGGGUGGCGCGGCCACGGCAUUCCCUACCGUCCCUGCCCUGAUGCGUCACUACGUCACCGCACAAAGACUGCCAGUCAGGGGCGCGGAGCACAUGGCCUUAUCCACACCCUUACCCGCUGUUCUACUAUGAACACGUCUAUUCGACGUUUGGGAAAAACCUGUGAAAGAACUUCGAGGGCAAUCAAAAAUGAUUGAGGAGAAGUUACGCUGAUUCGAAUCAGAGAAGAAAGGAUAUUCAUAUUUAGUGUCCUUUACUUUUUGAUCUGUAGCAGCACAACGCUAUUUAAUGUACUUUUAAGGUAAAAGGACUAAGUGAAAAUUACCAAAGAAUUAGAUUGUAAUUAUGUAUCAUUUGCUAAGGAAAUGCUUCAUGUAUUUAAUUAUUGGCCAGAAUUGUGUAGUCUGCGCUAUGAAAGAAUUUCCGGUGGUUUCUUUGGUUGGACAAACUACAGAUGUAUUCUGUGAGUAACACUACUAUUAUGCUAGUCCCACAUCGCGGCAACUUGUACAAAGAAUAUUAUGAUUAUUUAUUCACGUAUUAAUCAAACAACGUUUUCAAUAUGUUAUUAAAUAUGUAACGAAAUAGUUUACGCUAUUCAUCAGUUAAAUUUAGCAUGUGUUAUUUAGCUAACGAACAUGAUAAACGAUUGACGCAAAGAAUGAUAAUUGAUAACCUUACAAUAGUCAAAAUAUGUUAUGCUAUAACCGUAUUAUUCGACAGCUAUUUACGCAACUAUACCGUAUUCAACUAUUUAUUGAUUCAGCGCUAUAAUAAGUGCAGUUAUGUAUAUAAUUAUCGAUAUUUACUUAUAUUUUACUCAAGGCCUAAAGCUCUCAAUAAUUUUUAUAAUAACCAUUUGUGAAACUCCAUAUGAAUGGAUGUAUUCCAUUUAUUUCUGAACGAAAGCGCGUGUGUAUUUGUUUUUCUUAUAAUAUUGUACUUUCUUAUACAUAUGAGAAGAUCGAUGUCGGUAGUAGAUGGUACGUGUUGAUAACAAGUUUCGCAAUCUUGUUGAGAUGAUGUUAACCGGUAGAAUUGGUGACUGCUAGUAGAAGCCAAAGUAGGCAUAAAACUUAGUAUUAUUUCGUGUGCUUUUUAAAUGGGCGUCUUAGCUUUUGGCUGCCUCAAUGUUUAUUCCAACAGUAUGACUGAUUCCUACAUAUAGAUAGGGACUUGCGAAUGCAUUUCUUUGUGAAACAGAACUGUAUUACUCGUAAGGAUUUUAUUUAAUAGUAAGCUUUCGCCUGUGUAAUUUAACGGCACUUAAAUUCUGUAUUUACUAUAGAAAAGAUUGCACAUGUUAUGUAACUUUCACAUUGACUUAUUUAUAUUUUUUGUUAAGUAUUAGAUGUAAGUAGAGUAUGGCGAAAAUGGGGCCCUUGAAUGAUUAUGAACCCGACCACGGAAGGCCGUGAGCGACGGGUGAAACUUGGCGAAUAGUAUAGAUUCAGUAGACGCCAUGUUAAAAGUGAUUUCUGUGAUUUUGAUACAAGAAAAGCCAAAAAAUGUUGCAUGUUUAGUUAAAGACAUCUCUUAAUAUUUAUUACUUAAUUUAAUUGUAACGUAUCGUAACCUUUAUUCAGUCGCUAACAAACCAUUUGAAAAACGUAAUUUUCAAUUCACAGUUUUCUUUUAUAUUUUUUUUGCUACGAAACCGUGUGUGGGCUCUUUAUGUGGUUAGUGACUGUCAAAUUGAUGAAAAUCAAAACGAUCUCAUAUUCUUCCUCUAAUGCUUCAGUUACCUUAGACUUAAUUUAUUUAAUUUGUACCUGAUUUUGAAGUAAUAUACGUUGUUUGAAACUUAAAUUACGUUUUUAACAGAUUUAUUUUGUUAUAAUGGUUUAAUUUUAGCUAUAGUGAUAGUACUAAUCGGUAGUUUUGUAUGGGAACGAGCGAAUUUGUAUGUGAGACAGUUUUACACGAUAUGUACGUAAGCAUUAAACCACCGCAGCGCAGCUUAUGCAAGCGUGCAACUAAUUUUAACUAAAUAGAUUUUACUCUUAGCUUUUAAGUACCUAAGCCUAGCAUACCAUGGGUCGGAAGCUAUAACUUAGAUGUUUUUCUUAGAAACGAACACUAAAAACUUACUUACCUUGCUAUUAAAAUAGAAAAAUAAAUAAGAUUUCCUAGCUCCCCUCAUGGUUAUUGUUAGCUCUCAAAUAUUAUGUAGUAAACGCAUAAUGGACGGUAGGAUAGUGAUAUAUUGUUAAAUUCUAAAUUUGAAAAAUUUUGAAAACGUGUCAAAUUUUUUUUUCAAAAAUGAGGAUGUAGGUCCGGAUCAAAAGUUAGGUAAAAAUUAUAGCUUAACGUAGUUAUAAUCAAUUGUAAUUUUGAAAAUGUAGUUUGAAAUUGAUGAAAUAAAUUCCUUAAAAAAUA